AUGGCGGAAGACUAUUUAAGAUAUCAUAAUACUGAAACUGCUUUAUCAUUGGUUUAUAAUAAUAUUAGUGAUAUGUUACGGCUAUUCAAAAAGUCUUUGGCUAAUGAUUUUAAUAUACAACCUCCUUUAUUAAGAAUUCCAAUAUCUUGUGUUGAGCCUUUCAAUGGACAGGAAGAAACAAAGCAAUGGCAAGAAAUAUAUUCUCAGCUUAAUUUGGAUCAACAAAUUAUUAUAGAUAAGAUUUUAUCUUCAAUCAAUGGCCAAUCCUCUGAUUCUUGCUUUUUUGUGGAUGGAUCUGGUGGUACUGAAAAGACAUUCCUUUAUCAAACUGGAAUUGCAGCUAAUUUUCUGCCAAAUGGAACAACUGUUCAUAGUCGUUUUAAGCUACCACUAACUUUAUUAAAAGAAUCAACAUUGCAACUAUCUGCAAAUAGCCAAGAAGCGGAAGAAAUUCGUCAGGCAAAAGUUAUUAUUUGGGAUGAAGCACCUAUGGCUUCAUGUCAAUCUUUAAAU